AGCAUCUUUUAUCGCACAUGUUUUGCAAGCUGUGUUGAGGGAGUAGGCAUAGGCUAGGUCAAGUGAAAAUGGGUAAAUUAGGAAAAUUCAGCGAAGAUGAGUCAAUGUUAGAAGAAGAGGAAUCAAAAAGCUACAAUGAACUAUCAGAGAACGUUUCGUGUAUUGCUCAACCAUUAGCUUCAGAGAAACUUGCAAAGAAAUUAUACAAGGCCAUUAAGAAAGCUUCAAAGAAAAAGAUGGUUCGAAGAGGAGUAAAAGAAAUCCAGAAAUUUGUCAGAAAAGGAGAGAGAGGUUUUGUAGUUUUUGCUGGUGACAUCACCCCAAUCGAAGUCAUGUGUCAUCUGCCUUGUGUUUGUGAAGAGAACAAAAUCCCGUAUGCCUAUGUUCCGUCAAAGCAUGACUUAGGAUCAGCAACAGGAAUCAAGAGACCCACCUGCUGCAUCAUGGUGAAGCCGCAUGAAGAUUACCAGGAUGCAUACGAUAAAUGCCACAGCACCUUAAAAGCUCUUCCUUUACCCAUAUGAAAAUUAUAAAGCCUCUAUUCUCAACCAUUAAUCAAAGAAAGAGGAGGGGAACGCAAUUGGGAUACAAGUGUUUUAGCGAACAAGUUGCAACACUCUUCCAUUAUAAUAGAGAGCUUUCGAUUGUACGAUAACAGUAGGACGUAGAACGUAAUGACGUCACUAAAAGUCAUCUGCGCAUACGAGAAAGUUAAGGUCACCUUGUGUUGAGUAGAUUCUGGAACGCAAUUUGGCCAGACAAUGUAUGCAGAGAACGUAGGACUCCAGGUAAGAUGGUCACACAUGAGUUAUUCCGUUCCAGCGUCACGUCACACAAAUCGAAAGCUCCCUACUAUUUGAUUACAACUUACAUGUGUAAAGGAUUCUGUACUCAACACUCGUGGGAAAUUCAGCAUGAUCUAGGAUUUCGGCCCAUGGGAGGUGUCGGCAAAAUAAAUCUAGAUUCUCCCUAACAGGCUAUUUGAUCAUUUUAAAUACAUUGAAGAUAUACAAUAUAUGGUUAGCUAAGCUCUAUAGCUACAUGUAAUAAAUUACAGUAAAUAAAUAUGAAUAAUAUCAUGAUCCAUACUAGUCUAAUACAUAAAACUGUCAGAAAGCGAAGUAGCAUUUUUAGACUAGUUUCAGAUGACUAAGUGCAUUUCAUUCCCCUGAAGAAGUGUAAUAUGCAUACGAAAGUGCUACUUUUUGAUUUCUUACUGUAUUAAAUUAAUAAAUUGCUUACACAAAGGGGUUUUUUUUUUUCCUUCAUGAAUUUAAAAUGCAUACAAAAGUAUCAUUUGAAUAGUUAUAAUAAUAAUAAUUGUUGACUUGUAUAGCGCAUAUUGUAGAGACGUCUAUGCGCUUAACAUUGUCACUCCCGUUAUUGGAUCAAACACAUGGAACACGGACUCGGCUCCCAUGGAAGAAUUUCAUAAUGUUGCAGCUGUAAUCAGCAAUUUUUGUGUUUGAACCAACCAAAUGUUAAGGAAAGACAUUGUUUACAUUCAAAGAAAGGUGUACUAUAAUAUAUAUUGUACAAUGAAAUGAAGGAAGACUGCAAAUAAUCAAAAAAAAAAAUUGUUUUUAAUAAUAAAUUAAAUAUACCUAUAAAGUGACUUGUAUAUAUCUAGGAUUUUUUGUAGUAAAAAUUCUAAUUAAAAAGCUACUAUAGAAAUGAAUUGAUUUGUAAGCCUCUUCAUCAGAUUUCAAUAAAUUUUUAAAGAGCCUAA